AGUUAAGUGCGCUGCGAACGGCGGCUCCGGCCCCGGAUCGGCCACAGCUGGUUCUGUCGGAGGAUGGAGGUGAGGCCGCGCUCGGAGCUCUGACAUGGCAGCAUGACGGCCCCGGCCCGCGCUGCCACAGGCCGGCCAGAGGGAGCCCCAGGCUGUGGGAGUGAGCGCCCGGAGCAGCGACUUCCUUCUGCGGCCGCCUGAGCCUCCUUCCCCCCACCCCGGCCUGCUUUUAUUAUUCACCCCGUGGACUCCUGACUUUUCCGCCUGGAACAUCAAUAUGUGUCAUGUUAUUGUCACCUGUCGCUCGAUGCUCUGGACCCUCCUGAGUAUUGUGGUGGCUUUUGCAGAGCUCAUCGCCUUCAUGAGCGCCGACUGGCUGAUUGGAAAAGCCAAGAGUCGCAGCGGCGCCGCGCCCGACGACCAGAGCGGAGGCUCGUCGGAGCCCUACCACCCGACCUUGGGCAUCUAUGCCCGCUGCAUCCGCAACCCGGGCGUGCAGCACGUGCAGCGGGAGACGCUGUGCGGGCCCUACGCAGAGAACUUCGGCGAGAUCGCCAGUGGCUUCUGGCAGGCCACGGCUAUUUUCUUGGCCGUGGGCAUCUUCAUUCUCUGCACGGUGGCCUUGGUGUCCGUCUUCACCAUGUGUGUGCAGAGCAUCAUGAAGAAAAGUAUUUUCAACGUCUGCGGGCUGCUGCAAGGAAUCGCAGGACUGUUCCUUAUUCUGGGUUUGAUACUCUACCCUGCUGGCUGGGGCUGCCAGAAGGCCAUAGGCUACUGUGGACACUAUGCAUCGGCCUACAAACCCGGAGACUGCUCCUUGGGCUGGGCCUUUUACACCGCCAUCGGAGGCACAGUCCUCACCUUCAUCUGUGCUGUCUUCUCCGCACAAGCAGAAAUUGCAACCUCCAGUGACAAAGUACAGGAAGAAAUUGAAGAGGGGAAAAGCCUUAUAUGCCUCCUUUAGUUUGAAAGAGACACAAAUGCCACUUUCUGCCCAUGUAACCUUGUGAAACAGCACCCCUCUGGUUUCAUCAUCUGAGUCAAGUGAAGAACUAGCCUUUAUCUACCAAAGCCUACAUUCCACAGCCUUGAGCCUUAACAGGACCAAUGAGAGGCAACAAUCAGCUAAGUGAUGGCACUCGAGGACCACAGUGCAAAAUGUCAGAGAUGGAAUAUAAAAAUACUGCAUGAAGCCUGACACAAGUUGACAAGUCUGUCUGACUCCAUCUUCCCCAAGGCUCAACAAAGGAUAAUGACCUAAACCAUUAAGGCCACAGUUCUUCUGGUAACAGAGGAGAUUGUGAGCUAGAUUUUCAGGCUAUUUUGAGAUGUGUUUCUGCCACAAGGCUGCAUGCCUGUGAGCAUCUCUGCCUCAGAAUGAGGUUUGGGGGUUGGUGUUUUUGUCUCCUCCUAGUUCUUCCAAGUUUUCUCAGAGACUAAAAAUGAAGACUGCAUACUUACUGGGGAUAGGGAUGUGUGCUCAAGGGCAUACAAGACACUGCCUCUUAAUUAGCUGACCGAGGGGUGAGCAGGUCAGUGUGGAAUGCUGUUAUGGAACUUAUUCUAGGCUGAAUUCCAGAGUAAGGUAGAUCUAUUGAACUGUAAUUCCAAGAUUUUAGAAAUUUGACUAAGGAAAGAGUAAGGACUUGUAUGAUCAUAAGAAUAAAGAAGAAAAUCCUGCUAGUGAAGACAAACCCAUUCCACUUCCCAGCAGUCAGGCUAGCACCAGUACUGGCCCAGUCUCCUCUUCCAAUGGAGAUCACAUGUUUUUCUCCUAGGGUUAGGAUUGAGCUUUGACUGCCAAAGGAAACCUCACCCUGUUUCCUCAUUCCAGGAACAGAGAUCUCUAGGCCAGCUGUGGCUCAUUCAGAUGUACAGUGGAAGAACUUGCCAGAAUCUCAGCACUUGUGGGGAGACCUCUUCCCACUGGUAACCAUGUGGUAGUCAGCUGUAUUUCCAACCCCAGCAGCAACUGAAUGACAUUCUUUGCAGGAAAAACGGAGCUAGUCAUCUAAGUCAAGUUUCUCCAGUUACUGGUAUUGAUCCUGAAAGCAGACUAAAAUAACAUUAAAAUUACUGCAAUGGGUAAUUUGCAUCAAAGGCUUCAUACCCAAAAAUGCACAGAGUAGAAAGUUAAUACAAAAAUGAGAGCGAAACCAAGCCUAAAGCACCUGCCUAUAACUGUUUACAAAAAUAAUGGAACACCACUAUUAAAAAGGAUUCAGGAGACUUUAAUCUAGUUUCUGUAAGUUGCCAAUAAAAUGGAUUGAGAAAAAUGGUAUUAGCCAUCACUUUAAAUUUACUUUGGAAUGAUCUCAGUGGCAAGAACCCAGUUGGGUAUUGCCCCAAGCUUCAGAACUGCAGAAUGAUACAGAAAUUUAAGCAAGUGGAGUUGGACCUGUGAGAUUUCUGGAAGAAUUAAAAGGAUAGGUCUAUUUGGGCUUAUGAAUCUGCUCACGUGACAGCUUGCUUUGUUUUGAAAGCUUAAAUAAUUUACUCUGUACCUGCUCUGUGUAAGGUAUUGUAUUCUAAGUGCCAUCAGGCAUAGAACCCUGAUUCAGAUUUUACGACCUUGCCCCAGUGAAUCAUCUUGAGGCUGACUCUAAAACCAUGCCUUGGUGCAAAACAAAUAACUGCUUUAUACAUAGAUGCAAUGGAGUGACUGAAGUUUUAUUCCCUUCUGGCCUCUGGUCUAUACCACAAAUCAUCCUAUCACACAAAUUAAAAGCUAAGGGCAGGAGGGGUGGUGGUGUAGAACCCGGCCUUAAUGAGUUCACCAGUGUUCCACCAAAGUUCAAAAUAAGCAAGAUGCAGUCCUAGGACUUCUUUUGAAAAGAGAAGGGGUAAAUAGGUAUCCUCAUAGCAGCCCUCGGUACAGCCUCAGGAAACAAUCCUAUCAAACACCACACAGAAAUAGGUUACGGCAGCCAAUGGACAGGGCUCCUGUCCCUGACUGUGCAUUUAUAUGCUCUCACCAAGCCUCAAUGCCCAUAGUAACUACUUUUUAAACCUGAGCAGUAA